GUGAGGAGGGGGUGGGGGUCGCUCACGUGACUGAGGGUUGUUGACGUGGUCGCUAGGAGACGGCUCUCGCGAGGUUUCCAUGGUGCCGGCGGUAAACACGGAGGCGGCGGCGACAAGAUGAAGAUAUUUGCUGUAUCACAGUGCCCUGUGUUCCGUUGUAUAGAAAAUAUGAAACAAAAGAUUACUGCUCCUUCGAAACAGCAUCAGUGAUGGUUUUAUCUCUCAGAAAAGAUGGCACCCAAAAAGAAGAAAGGAGGAAAGAAAGCUGGAAAGGCAAAGAAAGGAAAAGCAACAGCAGUCGUCGAUGGCAUUUCUACGGAUGAUAUGUCUAAAGAUCAGUUGGAGGAUCACAUCACUCGUCUCCGUGAAGAACUUGACCGGGAAAGGGAAGAGCGUAAUUACUUUCAGCUUGAGCGGGAUAAAAUCCACACUUUCUGGGAGAUCACAAAGCGGCAGCUAGAGGAGAGUAGAUCAGAAGCCCGAAACAAGGACCGAGAGAUAGAGGAUGCAGAGGAAAGACACCAAGUGGAAAUUAAGGUUUAUAAACAGAAAGUCAAACACCUCUUGUACGAACAUCAGAAUAACAUCUCGGAGUUGAAGGCAGAGAGCACUGUUUGGAUGAAGCUGACACAAAAAGAGCAUAGGGAUCAGGAAGCAGAGCUUCGGAAGGAUACAAGAACCUUAAAGAUGGAACUGAAGGAACAAGAGCUCUCUAAUCAGAACAUGGUGAAAACUUUGGAAAUGGAAAACAAUGAGAACACUUCAAGACUGUGGAAUGACUUUGACAAACAAACACGCGAUAUUGAGGCCAAAUAUCAGAAGAAGAUGGAUGUGUUGCGGGAGGAGCUGGAGUUGAAGAGAAAAACAGAAAUUCAUGAAAUUGAAGAAAGAAAGAAUGGUCAAAUCAAUGCACUGAUGAAGAGCCAUGAAACAGCCUUCAACGAUAUCAAAAAUUACUACAAUGAUAUUACACUCAACAACCUUGCCCUCAUUAACUCACUGAAGGAACAAGUGGAAGAGAUGAAGAGAAAAGAAGAACGACUAGAGAAGGAAAUGGCUGAGGUUCUGCUUCAGAACAAACGUCUGACAGAACCUCUGCACAAGGCACGGGACGAGGUGACAGAACUUCGCAAACAGCUGGCCAGUUAUGAGCAGGAUAAAGGUUUCCUUGCUAGAGCCAAGGCACGACUGAAAGUAAUGGACAACGAAUUGAGGGAGUUCAGAUGGCAGCAUGAAGUGCUGGAGCAGCGCUUUUGCAGUGUUCAGAGAGAGCGUGAUGAGCUGUACAAUAAAUUUGUGAAAGCCAUUCAGGAGGUUCAGCAGAAGUCUGGUUUUAAGAACGUUCUCCUUGAGCAGAAGCUCUGCACGCUGUCCGACUGCCUGGAGAAGAAGGAAGCACAACUGAACGAGGUCCUCGCGGCUUCCAACCUGGACCCGACUGCACUCACCGUCGUCACCCGCAAACUGGAGGAUGUCCUGGAUUCCAAGAAUAAUGUUAUCAAGGAUCUACAGUAUGAGCUGGCCCGAGUUUGUAAGGCUCACAAUGAUUUACUACGAACGUACGAGGCAAAACUUACUACAUUUGGAGUUCCAUUGGAUGAGCUUGGAUUCAAACCAUUGGAAACUGCUUUGUGUGGACAGAUCCUUGGCCAGGGUCCAGCUGGGUUGGUUGCUGCUCCAACAUGAACCAAAGAGUACCUUGAGCAAUGACGCCUGUAACACUAAAUUAUUUCUCUUUGGAAACACUGACUACACUGUAUUUGGUAAUAAUACUAAAUUCCACCAACAUCAAUCACUACUGUAUUUUCAAGAAAUAUCUUCAUUGCAGACUCACACGUCUGUAAAUACUGGAUGGUCAUGAGAAAUUGCAGUACCUUUUUUAAAUAAAUAAAUUAACAGAAA